CCAGGAAGGGGAAGAAUGAAAGAAGUUGCGGCCUCAAUAUAAAAAGCCACCGCUGCGCUUAUCGCACACUCCAUCACCGAUUUCCUCGACAUCCGGUGUACCCAGACAUGAAUCUAAUUCUUGGACUAUCCUGCAUGAUGGCAGUUAUGUGGUUAUUCUGUGGAAGAUGUAAAGCAGCUCCUGGAUUCACUGGAAUCCACCGCAGCUUAGGAAAUCGUCCACAUAUCCGCGGAUACGCCGUAGAAGGUCUCGUAAAGGACCUCGUGGAAGAUCUCGUCGGCGAGGACGAGGAUAUUCUACGACUCAGCAAACGCCAGCAGCUGGACGAUUAUGGUCACAUGAGAUUCGGCAAGCGGUCUAACGGCGACGACGAAGAGUUCGGGCAUCCGCGAUUCGGCAAAAAUAUCGAGUAAAACGCCAUCACGCCGGGUUUCUUUACUUCGUAGAUCGUGAUCGUUCACACUCGUGUUAGAUGUAGAUAGAAUAUAUUUUACAUUGCAGCUAUUACGAUCGUGUCUCUCGUUAUUCUACCUUCUCCAGUUUCUUCUAUCUUCAUGCCGCGAAUUAAUCUGCGCUUUCCAAAAAUAUACUGGCAAUCCAAUUACCUCGAGUUUAUCUUGUAACUUUGUCGCUAUAUUUCCUUAGGAUAUUAGUAACAUAAUGACGCUUUUACUUAGAAAAUAGAACAACUUUAUAAAUGACCUUAGAAGCAAUUAAACAAACAUUAUAACAAAAUCUGAUAAAUUAUAAAUUAUUCAACUUCUUUUAUGUAUUAAAAUAUAUUGGAACUGAGACACGAUAGAGUGCACUAAUAAAAUCAGCUCCUACUCG